AAAUGGUAUCCUUCGUCCUUUUCUUCUAUGCUCCGUCCUUCGGUCGUCCUUUUUUCUUUCUCCAUUGAAUUUAGAUUCACCGGCGAAAAUCCUUUUCAUCCAAGUUUAAGCUUCAUUCUCAAGUAAUCGCAAUCCAAAUCCCUUUUCAUUUGCAACUUCGCCUACCCAUUGGUCUCCGGCGUCACCCAUCCACGCACGCGCGAGUUCCAUCCACCUAUUGCGCGCCAACUCCGUCCCUCGUCAAACGGCGACGACGAGUUUUCCUCCCUCGGGGGAUCUUCUCUGCCGGUGCUUCUAUUGGCGGCGACGCUCCUUCUGCGAUGACAGCACCCAGAUUCGCGACGGCGCGAACUACUUUUUGGCAGCUCGAUGACUUUUGGCGGGGACGCACAACCCGAACCCAUAUGAAUACAAUUCAAUAAGGACACAAUUCCUUUUCGGCAAGAUUUAGGCGGCUAGAAUUUUGGGGUGUUACACAGAUGGCGAGUAGUGUUGACGAAGACGUAGAUGCUGUGCUCAGCGAUGUUGAGGGUGAUGAACAUCCUAUUGUGAUUCAGAAUCCUUCUACUGAAGAAAUCUCUGUUGAGAGGUUUAGAGAGAUUCUUGCGGAGCGUGAUCGUGAGCGGCAAGCUCGAGAAGCAACAGAGAAUUCAAAAUCAGAAUUGCUAGUGUCGUUUAAUCGCUUAAAGGCGCUUGCCCAUGAGGCGAUUAAGAAGCGCGAUGAGUGUGGGAGGCAGCGGGAUGAGGCAUUGAGGGAGAAGGAAGAAGCCUUGAAAUUGAAUGAAAAGGUUUCUGCAGAGUUGGCUGAGGCAAAUCAGCAGAGAGAUGAGGUCUCAAAGCUUAGGGAUGAGAUUACCAAGGAAUUUGAUGAGAUCCUCAAGGAAAGGGAUGCUCUGAGAUCAGAAAUUGGUAAUGCAUCCCAUAUGCUAGUGACUGGGAUUGAUAAGAUAUCUGCAAAAGUGAGCAAUUUCAAGAAUUUUACAGCAGGUGGGUUGCCUAGGUCUCAAAAAUAUACUGGAUUACCUGCAGUUGCCUAUGGGGUUAUCAAGAGAACAAAUGAAAUUGUUGAAGAGCUUGUUAGACAGAUUGACACCACGGCGAAGGAAAGAAACGAAACCAGGGAACAAAUGAAGCUUAGGAAUUAUGAAAUUGCCAUUGAGGUUUCUCAGCUUGAAGCUACGAUUAGUGGGCUGAGGGAUGAGGUUUCGAAGAAAACUUCUGUUAUUGAAGACUUGGAAAACACUCUCACCGAAAGGGAUAAAAAGAUAUCUGAAAUUGAAGCAGAUUUGUGUGGUAAAUUAACUAGGGCUGAGGAUGAAGCUUCUGAACUGAGGCAGGUUGCGCAGGAGUAUGAUGAUAAGUUAAGGAAUUUGGAGUCAAAAGUAGAGUCCCAAAGGCCUUUACUUAUGGAUCAGUUGGGUUUCAUUUCAAAAAUUCACGACCAAAUUUAUGAUAUUAUUAAGAUAGUUGAUGCCAGUGAUAUAGACCAUUCUGAAUUUUCAGAGUCAUUGUUCCUCCCUCAGGAAACAGACAUAGAGGAGAAUGUCCGGGCUUCGUUGGCUGGAAUGGAAUCUAUAUAUGCGUUAGCAGUACUUGUUAUGGAUAAGACAAGGAGUUCAACUCAGGAAAAGAUUCGUGAAAUUAAGAAUUUAAAUGAAACAGUUGCGCAGUUGCUCAAGGAGAAAGAACAUAUUGGAAAUUUGCUAAGGAGUGCAUUAUCUAAGAGGAUAACAUCUGAUCCCUCAAAAGCAAAUCAAUUAUUUGAAGUUGCGGAGAAUGGUUUAAGGGAGGCUGGGAUUGAUUUCAAAUUCAGCAAGCUUCUUGGAGACGAGAUUUUUUCAACAUCUAGGGACAAUGGUAAAGCAGUAGAUGCAGAGGAGGAUGAAAUAUUCACCCUGGCUGGUGCUCUGGAGAAUAUCGUGAAGGCAUCUCAGAUUGAAAUCAUUGAGCUACGGCAUUCACUGGAGGAAUUAAGGGCAGAGUCAGUUGUACUUAAAGAGCGUCUAGAAUCCCAAUCCAAGGAGCUUAAACUUAGAUCGCUUCAAAUUAUGGAACUUGAAGAAAAGGAGAGAGUUGCCAAUGAAAGUGUUGAAGGGUUAAUGAUGGACAUUACAGCUGCGGAAGAAGAAAUCAUGAGAUGGAAGGUAGCUGCAGAGCAAGAAGCGGCUGCUGGCAAAGCUGUAGAGCAAGAGUUUCUGGCACAGAUCUCAGCUGUUAAAGAGGAAGUUGAAGAAGCAAGGAAGGUAAUGUUGGAUUCGGAUAAUAAACUCAAAUUCAAAGAACAGACAGUAAAUGCCGCUAUGGCAGCCAGAGAUGCGGCGGAGAAAUCAUUGAAACUGGCGGACGUGAGGGCGUCCAGGUUGAGGGAGAGGGUGGAAGAGCUUACCCGACAGCUUGAAGAGCUCGAUAAACGAGAAGAUUUGAGAAGAGGAUUAAAUGGGAGUAGAUACGUUUGUUGGCCAUGGCAGUGGCUUGGACUCGACUUUGUUGGCUCUCGCCGUUCUGAAACACAACAACAAGAGAGUUCAAACGAGAUGGAACUUUCUGAGCCACUUCUCUGA